AUGGAUAUCGCUGGAUCCGACACCUUCUCGACGGGAGCGGCCCGCGUUGAGGAGGAUUCCGCUAGAGACACCGUGACGAAGCCGUUGAAGGAUGCAGAACUCCCUGCCGCGUCUUGCGGCGCCGUAGGGAGGGCUCUUGACUGUGGACCUUCAGCAGACGACUGCACACUACUUUACGAGCCAGCAGUUUCAGGGGCGCGCUCCACCGCGGAGCCGGUCGAGAUGGGCGGCUUCGCUCCCGACGGCGAAAAUCAGCCCGAAGCAUUGGCGGUUGUCAGGACGGUAGGUGAGAAGGUGAAUGGCAGCCCAUGUCGGCAGGAGGCGUCUGAUGAGAACCCCGCGGCGUCCAACUGCCGGUCAACUGCUGUCUACGAGAGGGCUGAACAAAUGAUGAGCAGACAGGCUAGGUUGCUGAACGUGUGCGACGAGGAACAAUCGGCGCUUCGCGAAGGCGCUACGCGUGAAGCCGCAACUUCACUUAACGACUUCCUGUCGAGUGCCCGAGGAGCUGCGGACGGAGUUCAACACGAAGGGAAAUCCGUGCAGUCUGUCGGGGAGGAGAGUGGAUCAUCCCCUGUGCAGCAUUCUGGCGAUCAGCAAUUCCUUGCGGAACUAGGCGAAAUGCUCGGCCGGAAGCAAGACGCGGCACUCCAGCAGCUGCUCGCAGCAGAGCUUGACCCUACGCAGCGUAACGCGGCGACUCCAAGUCGCAGUCCGGUCGGCCGACGGUCUCCAGCACUUAGGGGAUCUUCUGGGCGGGUCUCCAGCGCCGCUGAGCGCAGCCAGUUAGCCGGCAGAGACGAGGAAUGUUGCCCGUCGAGUCAAAACGAGGUUGCCGAGGAAGCUCUGUGCUUCGAUCCCACAGUCAGGGGCGAUGGCGAUAAUGGUACACCAAGGCGCCGGAACUCACGGAGUUCCUGUUUGCAGCACACCGCGUCGGAGCACCCGCUUCAGUCCGGCCUCGAGAGUCUUCCAGAGGCUGGCGUCGUCUCUGCCCACAACAGAGAAGGACUCAGCAGUGGCAGCACACGGUCAGAAGCGUCGGUUUCAGAUUACCCGCCAUCGCCGUCCUGCGAAAUUCCUGGGAACACGUGCCCGUCCCCGACGCAGGAAUCCCAUCUGGAACGCGACGACGCCUCAGGCAAGCAGAGUGAGGCUGCCGCCGAUGCACAUGUCGACGGUGUUAGAGAGUGUCCAUGUACUGACAACGAAAGUGCUGACGGCCACCCAAGCACCACUCUGCCGGAAACUGGAAUCAGUGAAGAUCUGCUCCAAGACGCUGGCGCAGCCGCGAAGAGUCGAGCAGAAGGCAAUAAGAAACCGAACGCGGGUCCCCUGGACUACCACGCCAUGCACCGGGCUCUGCCCAAAGUUACCGGCGUGCGCUUUCAGGCGCAGCGCAACCGUUUUGUGGCGGAGUGGUAUGAGCAGGGCCGCACAAGAAUGGCGUACUUUCCCGUCAAACUCUACGGGUUCGAGCGCGCGAGGCAUUUGGCGAUCCGCUGCAGAGAGGAAGUCCUCCAAAUGAAAAAUGCGAAGCGAGGAGUCUACGGGGAGUCUCCCGCCUCCCAGGCACCAACCACGCGACGAAAGAAAGGUGCAACGGAGGGCGAGAGUGUGGCUGAGGAGAGCCCGCUGUUGAAGCGUCGACGCCUCGUCGCAAACGCUAACCCCUCCUCCAGUGGACAAGACUGUCCGGGUUUCGAUUCCACUUUGCUGCCUCUUCUCUCGCGGACGUUCCCUGCCUCCGCUCAGGCACCUACAAGCCAUCGCAUGCUCCUUGCCAUGGGACAAGAGAUGCGCAGAGGAUUUUCUAGUGAAAAUCCCCGCUCUGCAGCCUUGCAGUGGAAGGAGAGUGGCCAGCCAGACGCAGCGGCAGACACGGCCAUCCGCUCCCUCCACAGUCACGCGGUCCACGCAGAUAUCCACAUGGAUCCCCAGAGCAUGGGUUUUGAGGGUUUCCACGAGGAAGACGAAGAAGGACGCAGCAGCGCAGCCGAGCAAGAUACCUUGCAGGAGCUCCUGAAAAGCUCUAGACUGUCAGCAACAUCCAGCGAAGAACUAUCGGCGACACUCAUGGCAGGCAGCCGCUCCUUCGGCGAGUCCCCAGUAUCGAGACAGGCCUCCCGGGCGACCCAGAGCGACCGCUCGGUUUCUCGGCUGAAUGCAGUCGACUACGCGCUGUUGCACGCGUCUCUCGAGAGUGCGGGGCAGGACGACGGCCUGACUGGGAGGCAUGCUGACUGGGAAGUGUCGCCGUCUCUCGCAGGUUCGCCUGAGCGGCUCUCUUGGAAGCAAGAAUCGAGUCGGCGGCCCUCGAAAAACAUCCACGACCGACGGAGACGAACUGGAACGCCCCCUGUCGCUGGGACUCCUAGCGUCGCGCCCAGCUGCUCCAGCCCCGGUUUGGGCGUGGACCCAAAUCUUUUGCUCACGCUUCUUCUCGGGACCGACACCAACCGGGAGAAAGCCCCCGUGGAACACGCACUGCAGUCGAUGACAAGCGGUCUUGAGCAUCAUCUCACGAGCUCUCGAGGCCUGGGGAGACAGCGGGUGCACCGCGUUUCGGAGUCUUCUGCGGACGAUUCUUCUGUAGCAUCCUCAGAACCAGAGUACCCCAGGUUGUCGAACGGCGGGUCGGACGGCCUGGCCACGUCCAUCAAACCGAACAGCCAGCGGGUGCCGUACGCGAACUCCAGUACCCAGUUUGAGGCUGCCCGCGACAGCGAGUGCUCGGUGUCUGACGUCCCAGACGAGCGGCUGCUCCUGACGAAAGCGGCCGUCAGCGUCAUUUUGAGUGACCUAUUGGAGAAGUGCAUUCCACGGUUGAUAACAAUGGGAAAGGAAGCUACCGAGGAAACUGCGCUGCAACUCCGCCGGGGGUUUUUCACGUCUGUCGUGAUGCAGGCCUGGCGCGCUGUCCAGGAGGCGAGCUGCAUCGACCAGCUCUAUCCGCUGCUGGCGGUUUGCCGACGCGCCAUUGUCGCUGGAGAGCUCCCCAGUUCGUGGACUGUGGAUCGGCAGCAGGAAUUUUUCGUCCAACUCGUGGGCCGCGGGCUGGCGGAGGCGAAACCGAGGAGAGGCGGCGCGGCCGCUAGCGCCAGAGGAGAGCUGAAGGAAACGGGAGGGCAAUACACCUUUGCAGGAAGAGAUUUUGACAUGCAUCACGACGGACUCCGAGACCAGCGCACCAGUGAACACACGAGCUGGAGCAUAUUCCCGAAUGGGUCUGGACUCGAGGGAUCUCGAAUGGAGUCUGGAACGCGCGACCUCACUGCUUUUUGA